AGCACAUUUUAAACUUUACACUAAUUUGUUUACGUCGUGGGCUGACCAGGAAGUGGAUACUAAAUGCAAUUCGAUGACAAUAUUGGUCAUAAAUCACCGGAUUGUAUAUUUUUAACGCUUUGCCAAUUUUUUUUCGUAGCGAACUGUGCAACGUUAUCCAGUGUUAGUGAGUAUUUUGUGUGUAAACCGCAUCAAUGAACAACAGAAGCCAUACGUGUGUGAUAAUGACCAGCCUGGCCUCAGUAGUUUUCCUUAUGAUGGUGUUAUAUGGCGUCUUUGGCACCCAGCAGGCUAGCAGCUUCAUCUUCCGCCAGGACUACCAGCUGCUGGGCCGGCCGUUGUACAAACUGGACCUGAGCUGGCCCAAAAAUCCUGAACUUUUCACUGGGAAUGUGUUUGGAGUGGCUGUCAACCAGUAUGCUGGUGUGGUCUAUGUUGCACAAAGAGGUGAGAAUGUGCCCAAGGUGCUGGUAUUUACAUCAGAAGGCGACUUCCUCAUGUCCUGGAACACAACCACCUUAGAAAUGCCCCAUGGUAUAUUUUUAGCAGAUGCCUUGUCAAACCCAACUAUCUGGAUCACAGAUGUGGGAAAUGGUCCGUAUGGCCACACCGUGAAACAGUACUCGCCAUCAGGGAAACUUUUACAGGUGCUUGGUACGUCAGGGGAAGCUGGCUCUGGGCUCAACCCUUUGCAGUUUGACCAGCCUGCUGAGAUCUUCAUCCACGAAUCUGGAGAAAUGUACAUAGUGGACGGUGACGGCGGCAUGAACAAUAGACUCAUUAAACUUUCUCCGGACCAGGAAGUAUUGUGGGUGCAUGGAGAAAAGGGACAAGGUCUUGCUCAGUUUUACAUACCUCAUAGUGUAACUGUGGAUAACGCUCAGAGGGUGUGGGUAGCAGACAGGGGUAACAAGAGGAUCCAGGUCUUCAACUCAGUUACAGGGGAUUGGCUGGGGUCAUGGGGAAGCUGCUUCACUGAGGACGCGCCUUACUCAGUCCGCCUGACUCCUAAUAAGAAGUACUUUGUUGUUGUUCAGCUCAACACUAAUCAGAUUUCUCUACUGGAUGCACCACCGGUGGGUUUAAUUGGCCAGUGCAGGGUGGUCAGUGUGAUUCAAAUGGCUGAUGAGGCCAAGCCACAUCUGGUCGACCUGGACCUACAGUCAGGGGUUCUGUAUGUGGCUGAGAUUGGAGCCCAGCAGGCGCAGAAGUUCAUCCCCUUCAGUCUUGGUGGAGAGACACUGCGAUUCAAAAGGAGUCAAUGACUAACCACUUUGCUCCGACACUUUAAACACCAAUGAAGUGGUUGACCACUGAUAAAUGUCUUUAACCAUUUUCUCAGCUACUUGAAUCAACAAAGUGGUUAACCAUCAAUUGGCCACUGCUGUUGUGGCUGACCAUGACACUGACCAUUUUGCUCAGCCAUUUUAAACACCCACUGGUGGUGACCAAUCUAUUGUUUGUAUUAUAAACUAUAUAUAUAUAUGUGUGUGUGUGUGUAUGUGUAUAUAUAUAGAUAUAUAUAUAUCUAUAUAUAUACACAUAUACAGUCAUAGCCAAAAAUAUUGGCACCCCUGCAUUUCUGUCAGAUAAUGAACCACUUCUCCCAGAAAAUUGUAGAAAAAAAGCCAAAUCUGAUAUUAUUUUACACAGAACACCAAAAAUGAACUGGACAAAAUUAUUGGAACCUAUUCAAAGAAAUAAUUCAAUUCUAAGCAUGUGAUGCUCCUUUAAUUUGUAAGUAAACUCGCCUGUAGCAAGUAACAAGUGCUGGCAAUAUAGAAAUCAUACUUGUAGGCAGUUAAAUUGGAGAACAGUUGUGUUGUUUGUACCACACUGAGCAUUGAGAAAAGAAACAAGAGCAAAUAACUCUCAGAGGAUUUGAGAACCAAGAUUGUGGAAACGCAUGGAGAAUCUGAAGGCUGUAAGUCCAUCUCCAGAGAUCUAAAUGUUCUUGUGUUUACUGUGUGCAAUGUUAUCAAGAAGUUUGAAGCACAUGGCAGUGUAGCUAACCUCCCUGGAUGUGGGCGGAAGAGAACAGUUGAUGGUUGACUGCAACAAAGGAUUGUUAAAUUAUUAUUAUUAUUAUUAUUUUUUAAUGAAUUUAUUAAUCAAUCCAACAAAACAAUACAUAAUAAUGUAAUCAAAUUCCAAAACCAAACCCGACCCAGCAACAUACAGAAUAGUAAUAAACAGAGCAAUUGAGGACACACACACAUGACACUGUACAAUCUAAAAGUAGUGAAACAAAAAUUAAUACUAUCAAUAUUAGUGAAAAUUUCAAAAUAGAUGUGAUUAAAAAUCCCUAAUUGAUAUUAUCAUUAAAAACAUUAAUAAAAAAAAAAAAAAAAAAAAUGAACAACGCAUCGCAUUUCAUAAGCUUGAUAACACACUGUGUCCAAUAUUUUACACAAAGAUAUAAUAAGUCAUAUUUUGGUUCAUUUAAUACUUAAAACAAAUUUCAAUAAUGGAUCCCAUAUUACAAUAUACGACUCAUUAUUAUCUAAACUAAAUGCAGUUUUUUCUACUGAUAUCAUUUCCAUAGCUUGUGUAUACCAGUCAAUAUGAGUUGGACUAUCAACAUCUAUCCAUUUUUUUAAUAUUACCCGUUUUGUUAUUAUGCAUAUUGAAAGAAAUACAGUUUUACUCUUUGAUGACACGUUAAUAAAUUGAUGGAGAUCCCCAAGAAUACAAGUUUGCAAUGUCAUUGGGAUGUUUAUAUUAAGGAAUGUGACUGCUUCUUUUGUUGUUUUCAACCAUAACUCUUUUAUUCUCUGACAUUCCCACAAUAAAUGAACAAGAGUUCCCUCAGCUGCCCGACACUUCGUACAUAACUUGCUAUCUACUACACCAAUUUUAAACAGCUGAGAAGAUGUAAAAUACAAUCUAUUCAAUAUCCUAAAUUGAGUCAUCUUAUCUUUAAUGUUUUUAAAAGGGCUUAUUGGCAUUUUUCCAAAUAUCAUUCCAUGAUAUGUCUCUUUCAUCUAAAAUGUUUAAGUCGAUCAUCCAUUUCCGAACACAUGCAUCAUUUGCAUUUCUAGUGUGGUGUUCAUUUAUUAUUCCAUAAAAUAGUUUAGUUAAUUUCUUAAAUUUAUCUUGAUUAAAAAGUGCAUCUUCCAGUUCAUGACUAUUUAAAGACAUACUUUCAGAGGAUAUGCAUUUAUUUACAGUGUGUUUUAAAGAGAUAAAAUUUAAAAAAUGAUUUCUGGUUACAUUAUAUUGAUCAACUAAAUCAUUGAACGGUUUAAAAUAUUUUUUAUUAAUAAUAUGAUGAGGUUUAGUAAUACCUCUGUCUUUCCAUGUUGUCCAUUUAACCACAUUUUUAUUAAUUAUGAUAUUAGGAUUGUACCAAAGCGGUUGAUAUACAGAUGUCAUUGGGUUGAUUCCUAGUAUUUUCUGACACAGUUUUAGAAUGUUAAAAGUGUCUUCUAAUGGGCUAUGCCUCAAUUCGUUAGGUAUUUUUUAAAUAUAACAUAAACUCCCCACAUCAAUGUCCAAAUUCAUUAACAUAUGUUUUUCUAUGUCGAUCCAGUCCUUAUCUGCAGAAGAAUGAAAUAAGUGGCUUCCUUCUUCACAACCGAAGGAAAUAUAAUAAUGCAACAAGUUUGGUAAUUGUAGUCCUCCUUUAUCUUGUGUACAAGACAACCUUAAGUAUGAGCAUCUGGCCUUCUUUCCACACCAUAUAAAAUGUGAUAUCAUUAAAUGUAUUUUUUUAAACCAACUUUUAUUAAUUAGGACAGGCAUCAUUUUCAGUAUAUGAUUAACUGCUGGCAGUAUACUCAUUUUUACUAUGUUCACCCGACCCCAAAGUUAGACAUUUGGAUAAAGAAACUCGAUCCACUUCCAAAGAAUUUCAACCUGACCUGCAGAUACAGGGUACAACAGUGUCAGCUCACACUGUCAGUCGCCAUCUCAAUGAAAAGGAACGCUAUGGUGGAAACCCAGGGGGACCCCACUGCUGACACAGAGACAUAAAAAAGCAAGACUGGAGUUUGCAAAAACUUACCUGAGGAAGCCAAAAUCCUUCUGGGAGAACGUCCUGCGGACAGAUGAGACUAAAGUGGAGCUUUUUGCUGAAGCACAUGACACUGUGAUAAAAUGAGGCCUUUAAAGAAAAGAACACCAUACAGUACCUUAAGUCAAACAUGGUGGAGGUUUACUGAGGUUUUGGGGUUGCUUUGCUGCUUCUGGUAUUGGAUGCCUUGACUGUGUGCAUGGCAUCAUGAAAUCUGAGGACUACCAAAUAAUGUUGGGGCAUAAUGAAGGGCCCAGUGUCAGAAUGCUGGGUCUCCUUCAGAGGUCAUGGGUCUUCCAGCAGGACAGCAACCCAAAGCAUACUUCAAAAGUCACACAAAAAUGGCUUAAGACAAAGCACUGGAAAGUACUGAAGUGGCCAUCAAUGAGUCCAGAUCAAAAUCCUAUAGAACAUCUGUGGAGAGGUCUAAAACAGCAGUUGGGAGAAGGCAACCUUCAAAUCUGGGGGACCUGAAGAAGUUUGCAAAAGAAGAGAUAUCCAAAAUUCCAGUAGCAAGGUGUAAGAAACUCAUUGAUGGCUACAGGAAGCCAUUGCUACCAAAUAUAAAGUUGAGAGUGCGAGUCCAUUUUAGGAGUUCUGUGUAAGAUAAUAUUAGCUUAGUUUUUGUGUGUGUUGUUUCAAUGCAAACAAACAAACAAUUAUGUGAGAGAAGUGCUUCAUUAUCUGACAGAAAUGCAGGAGUGCCAAUAUUGUUAGCCAUAACUGAGUGUGUGUGUAUAUAUAUGUAUGUAUGUAUGUAUGUUUGUAUGUAUUUAUACCAUGAAUUGAUUAACAUGGACCCCGACUUAAACAAGUUGAAAAGCUUUUUUGGGCGUAACCAUUUAGUGGUGAAUUUUACGGAAGAUCUACUGAACUGUGCAAUCUACUAAUAAAAGAAUCAAUCAAUCAAGAUGUUGUAUAUAUAUUUAUGUAUAUAUAUAUAUAUAUAUAUAUAUAUAUAUAUAUAUAUAUAUAUAUAUAUAUAUAUAUAUAUAUAUAUGUAUAUGUCUAUGUAUAUAUGUAUAUGUGAAUAUACAUUUGUAUGUAUAUGUAUAUAAAUAUAUAUGUGUAUAUAUAUAUAUAUAUAUAUAUAUAUUAUCUUGGGGUGUCCCACGAUUCGAUUCAAUAUCGAUUCUUGGGGUCGCGAUUCGAUUAAAAAUCGAUUUUUUUCGAUUCAACGCGAUUCUCGAUUCCAAAACGAUAUUUUUCCGAUUCAAAACGAUUCUGUAUUCAUUCAAUACAUAGGAUUUCAGCAGGAUCUACCCCAGUCUGCUGACAUGCUAGCAGAGUAGAUUUAAAAAAAAAAAAAAGCUUUUAUAAUUGUAAAGGACAAUGUUUUAUCAACUGAUUGCAAUAAUGUAAAUUUGUUUUUACUAUUAAACGAACCAAAAAUAUGACCUAUUUUAUCUUUGUGAAAAUAUUGGACACACUGUGUUGUCAAGUUUAUGAGAUGCGAUGCAAGUGUAAGCCACUGUGACACUAUUGUUCUUUUUUUGAAUUUUUUAUAAAUGUCUCCUGAUAAUGUCAAUGAGGGAUUUUUAAUCACUGCUAUGUUGAAAUUAUAACUUGUUGAUAAUAUUAA